AUGCGAUUCAGGAUGCAACGAGAACUUUUUCUUCAUAUCCUUAAUGAUGUCAAAGCUUAUGACGACUACUUUAUCCAACAAAAAAAGGAUGCGACUAGUCGUCUGGGGUUGUCUUCUAUACAGAAGACAACAAUUGUUGUUCGUAUACUCGCAUUUGGUUAUGCAGCCGAUCACUAUGAUGAGUAUAUUAAAAUCGGCGAGAGCACUACCAUUAAAUGCUUGAAGGCAUUUUGUAAUGCUAUUGUUGCUGUGUAUGCAAAGGAGUAUAUGCGCCCACCUAACGAAGCUAACAUAGCACGGCUGCUUGAAGAAGGGAAACAGAAAAGAUUUUCGGGCAUACUUGGUUCUAUCGACUGUAUGCACUGGGAGUGGAAGAAUUGCCUAUUGGAGUGGCACGGCACACAUAGGGGACGCUCUGGCAAGAAUACUCUCAUAUUGAAAGCAAUUCCUUCACAAGAUUUAUGGAUCUGGCAUGCAUUCUUUGGAAUGCCAGGUUCACAUAAUGAUAUAAAUGUGUUGGAUCAUUCUCCGGUAUUCAACGGUAUCAUUAAUGGCCAAUUACCUCCGACCAUCCCGCACCCAACCACUGGAAAAGAAAAAUUGUUUGCUCAGCGACAAGAGGUAUGCAGGAAAAAUGUGGAACAGGCUUUUGAGGUAUUGCAGAUCAAGUGGGCAAUAACGCAACGACCAAUGCGUUAUUGGGAGAAAAAUGACUUGCGCCUCAUAAUGAAAACGUGCAUCAUCCUUCACAAUAUGAUCAUUGAAGAUGAACGUCACGCAAAAGUUGGAAGAUAA